AUGGAGGCCGACAACUGGCGUGAAGACUCCUCGCCACACGAGAGGGAGCAAGAUGGACAGAAAAAGCGCAAGCCCUGCUCACCGACCUUAAACCUCACCAGCGACGACACCACACUGGAGAGAAGCCAUAUCCUGCUCCGAAUGUGGAAAGUGUUUUCCCUGUGUAGCGAACUUAAAAGGCACCAGCGAAAUCAUACUGGAGAGAAGCCAUAUUCCUGCUCUGAGUGUGGGAAGACUUUCACUACAUCUGGCCAUCUUAAAAGGCACCAGAGAGUACAUACUGGAGAGAAGCCAUAUCCCUGCUCUGAGUGUGGGAAGACUUUCACUACAUGCAAUCUUCAAACUCACCAGAGAGUACAUACUGGAGAGAAGCCAUAUCCCUGCUCUGAGUGUGGGAAGACUUUCACUACAUCUGGCCAUCUUAAAAGGCACCAGAGAGUACAUACUGGAGAGAAGCCAUAUCCCUGCUCCAAAUGUGGAAAGUGUUUCCCCCGGUCUAGCGACCUUAAAAGCCACCAGCGACGACACCACACUGGAGAGAAGCCAUAUCCCUGCUCCGAAUGUGGAAAGUGUUUUCAUGAGUACAGCGAACUUAAAUCUCACCAGAGAGUACACACUGGAGAGAAGCCAUAUCCCUGCUCCGAAUGUGGAAAGUGUUUUUCCCAGUCUAGCGGACUUAAAAUCCACCAGCGAGGACACCACACUGGAGAGAAGCCAUAUCCCUGCUCCAAAUGUGGAAAGUGUUUUACCAGUUCUAGUCAACUUAAAAUUCACCAGCAACGUCAUAAUGUUCCAGGAGCCCCUGUCCGACCAUCUCCUUCGGCAGAGUCUCCUGUUCCUCCCAAGGACCCCUCAACACUGCAAGUACCAUUGAAGGUUCUGAUACUACAGCUGGUGGACUGCCGCCAUGUACUGGGACGGAAUAGCACAUUGACACUACUGGGAAGAAAAGAACCGAGGCCGUAGUGAUGACCAUCCGUUAGCAUCAAAUAUGUAUCCCAAGUCCCCUUCAAGGAAAGAUGAAGCUUAAAAAACGAGAAAAACUACAGAGGGGAAAUAUGCACAAAUUGAAAUAUGCACACACAUUAAGGGGAUUGGUGAACUUUAUCUCUGCAGUUUUAGUUUCUAUCUUAUGCAUUUCAUGUAUUCUAUUUUUUAACACUUUAUGCACUCUAUCACAGUUUUACGUUUGUUUUAUGUGAAUCACUGUGCAUGUAAUUUCUUUGUGUACGUAAUUUCUUUG